AUCAAGACCAUCUAACAACUAUGGCAGGAAACCCCAAACACCAAACUCACCAUGUUGCCGUUUUGGCUUUCCCCUUUACGAGCCACCCAGGCAGUCUUCUCGACCUUGUUCUUAAACUAGCUCCAGCAGCUCCACACGUGCUCUUCUCCUUCUUCACCACUUCUAAAGCCAACACCUCACUCUUCUCCGAACCCUCGUCCAGCUUCCACAACGUGAAGGCUCACAAUGUAGCUGAUGGGUUGCCAGAGGGCUUCGUGCCCUCCGUCAACCCUGAGGAAGCUAUUGGGCCGUUUCUUAAGGCAGCCCCCGGUAAUUUUAUGAGGGCUUUGAAGGAUGCUGAGGCUUCUACGGGGUUGACGGUCAGGUGUUUGCUGACUGAUGCCUUUUUUUGGUUCGCUGGAGAUAUGGCAGAGGAGAUCAAAGUGCCUUGGGUGCCGGUUUGGAUAGGCGGACCACACUCAAUUCUUGUUCAUGUAGAAACAGACUUCAUACGGCAAAGGGUUGGAACCAUAUCCAGUACUGGGGGUGGAAAACAGGCGCUUGACUUCCUUCCUGGAUUCUCAAGAUAUCAGAUACCUGACCUACCUGAAGGAGUAGUAACUGGAGACUUAGAUUCACCCGUAGCAACCAUGUUACACAAAAUGGGACAAAAGCUGCCUAAAGCAGCCGCUGUUGUCAUCAACUCUUUUGAUGAUUUAGCCCCUGAAAUUGAUAAUGUGCUCAAGUCAAGAUUCAAAAGGUUACUCAAUUAUGGCCCCAAGAGUUUAAUAUCACAAUCACCACAAUUGCCUAAAGACGACAGUGGUUGCUUGGAGUGGUUGGACAAGAACAAGCCUGCAUCUGUGAUAUAUAUUGCCUUUGGAACCGCGUUAACCCCACCACCUCAUGAGCUAGAAGCCUUAGCUCAAGCACUGACUGAAACGGGGUUUCCAUUUAUUUGGUCAUUUAGGGGCAACAUAGAGGAUUUCUUGACCAAAGGGUACAACAAAGGAAACCUAAAUGGGAAAAUAGUUUCAUAUGCUCCCCAGAUGCAAGUCUUGAGACAUGCCUCAGUUGGGGUUUUUCUGACACAUGCUGGGUGGCAUUCGGUUUUGGAGAGUAUUGCUGCUGGUGUGCCUAUGAUUUGCAGGCCAUUUUUUGCGGAUAACAUGCUCAACAUGAGGAGCGCAGUGGCUGUUUGGGGAAUUGGAACUAAGUUUGAGGGAGGGGUCAUUACAAAAAUUGGAAUGGUUAAGGCCUUGGAACUUGUUUUGAAGCAUAAAGAAGGAAAGGAAAUGAGAGACAAAAUCGUGGCCCUUAAAAAUCUUGCCCAACAAGCGGUUGAAUCUAAUGGUAGCUCCACCCACGCUUUCAAUAGCUUGGUGGACAUUGUCACCAAGUAAUAUAUCAAGUAUAUAUGUGGAAAGCUUGGAGAUCAAUUAGAAUAAAUUUGAUCAUCUUUUUUCAAUAAAAUAUGAUUUUCAUUAAACUCGAAUGUGAGGUUCAUGUAUCUAUUAAUAAUUAGAGGUGUUCUCAUGAAUGGGCAGUGAAAAAGGGCGUUGAUUUGCAUGUCAAUAGUCUCAGUAGUCUCAAUGAACUUGUGUAAACACUUUGACUCUGUAAAAUUGAGGAGGACCUUUUCCUCAAAACCACAUUGGUUGUAAAGAAGAACUCCUCCUCAAUGUUAAAGAGCCA